CCGCUUUUGCACAUUUGUGAAGCAAUAACGGUUAAAUUCACGGCAGAAAAAUGUAAUUGCCCCAGGGCAAAAAGCACUAACAUGCAGCAGUGUUUUCUAAAAACCGUGUUGCCAUUUUAAUUGCAUGGCGCCGCAGAAGAAGGACCUUUUUAAAAUAACGUGUGCAGUGAAUGUGGAUUCUGUCGCUGCUAAUGUCAGCAUCGGCAGAGACCGCAUUACGCUGCACUGUCAUCGUUAAUUUUGCCAGCAUUAAUCUUAAAAAUUGCUUCAUCGUAACCGGAACGAAUGCGUAUGUUGUGCGUGUUCCCCAACUCCAGAUUUUGUUAAAAAUUCGCAUCGCAGAUGGGUCAUUCAAAAUGGCUUCGGCACGAAUGGAAAGACUAAACCCGUAUGUACAGUGUGGACUGCAAUCAUUGGCUGUCGCUCUGCACUUGUUAAUCUCGUACGGCACUUGCGGAUUCAGCGUUGUCUGCUUCCUUCUGUUACUUUUUACUCCCCUCCGCUGGAUUACCGUUCUGUACGGCAUCUGGUAUUGCUACGACUGGAACUGCAGCUCCCGUGGCGGACGUCCAUUACGCUGGUUAUGUUCAUUAUCCGUAUGGAAUCAUUUCCGCGACUACUUCCCUAUCCACAUCAUCAAGACCGCGGAUCUGGAUCCCGGCGGCAAGUACGUGAUGGGUGUGCAUCCGCAUGGCGCCAGUCUGGCACUGGGAGCGCUGUGCACUUUCCAUACCGAGGCUUUGGGGUUCCGAAAUCUGUUCCCCGAUAUCGAUGUGCGGUUGUUGGCGCUGAAGACCGUCUUCCAGAUCCCGUUGCUGCGCGAGUACGCGUUAUCGUUUGGGACCUGUGACGUCAGCCGAAAGAGUAUUGACUAUCUGCUAAAUCGCGGUGCCGGAUCGGCGGUGGCUAUUGUGGUGGGCGGGGGCAAGGAAGUCUUCGAGAUUGAUUCGAAGGACUACAAACUGGUGCUUCGCAACCGAAAAGGCUUCAUCAGAACGGCGAUUCAACACGGGGCGCACCUGGUUCCCGUAUUUAUUUUCGGUGAGAACGACAUCUACCGGUUGGCCUUCCCGCGAGGCUCCGUUGUCUACAAGGUCCAGCGGUUUAUCCAGAAACACUUUGGAGGAUGUCUGCUGUUUGUAAUUGGAAAAGGAUUAUUUACGAAGGGCGCUGGACUGAUGCCCUUUCGAAAACCCAUAACCAUGGUGGUCGGAGCUUCCAUACCUACUGAACAAAAGUCAGAUCCGUCUCAGGCGGAAAUUGACUUACUGCACCGGCAUUACUUGGACAGACUGCUCGAUCUUUUCGAAACGCACAAAGAGCACUGCGGUUAUGCGGCCUCGAAGCUCUUCUUUAUUGAGUAAAGCAGUGAAAUCCGGUCAUCCUUAAAGUUAAGAUUAAACAAAUUUGUACAUGCGGUUGUGGGAUGAUUAUGUCGUGAUGUGUAAGCAGAAAAAUAAAUGAAUUAAAG